GAUAAUAACAUUCGCAAAAAUUUUCAUGCCAAGAUUUCAGCAGAGUCCUCUACUCCAUCUCGUAAACGAAAGUCAGAAAACUUUGAACAUGUUAAGUUAGAUAAGCCAGAUAAGGAUUUCAAGUUGCGUCUUGUAGAAUAUCCAUCUGAAAGCGAACCUGAGGACGAUGAAAAUAAAGAAGAAGAAACUUCAGACGAAGAAGAUGUUAUCGAUUUUAGUGCAACUUCAUUCAAUCAAUUCACAGAUUCAAAUAAAAGUGAAGGAGGGUGGAUGUUAAAGAAUGGUGAAAGGGUUAGAGGUGUUCUUAUUCGUAUGACAUCAAAAGCUAUCGAACAAGCCAAUGAACUGCAAUCAAAAAAGAAAAAAUUAGAUGCAGUGGCUCGUGCUUUCCUUAAUUGUAGUAUGUACUCAUGGUUUGGAGACAAAUGGCUAGAUCUUAAAGCAAAGGUGCUAGCGAAUAUAAACAUCAGGCCAAAGAUGUUCGAAGGUGUAAUCAAAAGUGACAUCGAAAAAAUAGAGGAGCUCAAAUGGGGAGAAACAGUUUCAAAAGUAAUGACAGUAGGAAGAAAAAUCAAUUUACAGAUUAUAUAUCGAGGAAAAAAUCUAGGAAAAAAUGUGGAGCUCAGUCAUUCUGAGUGUGCGCGUAGAACAAAUCCUACCAAGAUUAUCAAUGAUCGUAGUAAAUGUUUGAGAACCAACAAAUCUGUUCUUGAUCAAUUUCUCUCACAUAAUCUAUCUGAUGAAAUAAUCAAAAACUCUGCAGUCAUCGGGUUGCAAUUAGCAGCUUUGUAUGGCCAAGUAAUUGGUGUCGACUUAUUAGAUGAUGGUUUAUAUUUUGGGUUUGAAGGACCAACAUUCAGGUUUUCUACUCAAAUUAAUGAUAUUACUGUUCUGAAACAAGCUGUGGAAGUAUUAUAUUUUUUUAAG